AUGGCUACAUCGAAUUCUAGAAACUUUACCCUCUUCUCGUUCGUUUCCAUGGCGAGUAGUGGAUCCUUAAGAGGGAAGAUGGUGACGGUCCUGAGCAUCGACGGAGGCGGUGUUAGAGGGAUCAUUCCAGGGACGGUCCUAGCGUUUCUCAAAUCCAAGCUUCAAGAACUGGAUGGACCGGAUUCGAGAAUUGCAGAUUAUUUCGACAUAAUUGCUGGGACAAGCACAGGUGGAUUGGUGACGGCUAUGAUAACAGCACCCAAUAAGGACCAUCGUCCGAUGUUUGCAGCCCGUGACAUUAUUAAAUUUUACUUGGAGCAUUGUCCUCAAAUAUUUCCCCAGAAAAAUCGUAACAACAUGAUGAAUCCAAUAAGAAGCUUGGUAGGCGCAUCCAUGGGGCCAAAGUAUGACGGGAAGAAGUUGCGAUCCCUAGUUAAUGGCUUGCUCGGAGACACCACUCUCAGUCAAACCUUGACCAACGUUGUCGUCCCGACUUUCGACAUCAAGCGUCUCCAACCGGUCAUCUUCUCUACCCACGACGCAAGGGCAAAUCCUCUAAAGAAUGCGCGGUUGGCAGAUGUUUGCAUUGGCACCGCCGCAGCUCCCACAUUCCUCCCGGCGCACUACUUCGAGACUAUAGACGAGAACGGGAAGGCCCAUAGUUUUGAUCUCAUUGACGGUGGGGUCGCCGCAAAUAAUCCCACCCUAGUUGCUCUGAGCCACAUUAAGAGAGAGAGCCUCUUGCAUGACGGAGAGUUCAAGGACAUAAAUUUAAGAGAGACCGAUCCAAUACUAGUGCUAUCACUCGGUACCGGUGUGGCCAAGCAUGAAGAGAAGUACAGUGCGACCGAGGCCUCUAGAUGGGGACUCAUCAAUUGGAUUCUUCACAAUGGUUUCACUCCAUUACUCGAUAUCUUCAACGACGCAAGCUCUGAUAUGGUCGAUAUUCACUUGUCCACUCUCUUCCAAUUCUUAAGUUGCAAGCACAAUUACCUCCGGAUUCAGGACGACACCCUAAUUGGAGAAGAGUCAUCAGUUGAUGUUGCAACCCCAAAGAAUCUACAAAGGCUCAUGGGAAUAGGGCAGAAGCUAUUGCAGAAACGAGUGUCGAGGGUAAAAUUGGAGACCGGUAGGUUUGAAGAGAUUGAAGGAGAAGGCACCAAUGGAGACGCGCUUAAUUGCUUUGCAACUCGGCUCUCCACAGAGAGAAAGAGGCGAAACAAGUAGGACUUCACACAUUUGCCAAGAUUCGUGAAGAUGCUGCUUAGAUGAAUUCGCGAUAUCGGUAGAAAUUGUCUCCUUCAAUUAGGAACUUUUGUAAUUUCAAUCGUGAUGCAAUUUAAUUGAGUUCCAAUA